GUAUUACGUUAAUGUGUCAAAAAAACUUUACUUGUGAAUCAAAGAUGGACGUCGGUGGAAAUGGUGGUGGAUUGAUUGUCAACAAUAAACAGAGAGCUAUGUUACCUAACAAGAGCCGGGGAGAAUUUGUUCGCAAUCAAAGAAAAGAUUCCGAGGGAUUCUCCGAGUCUCCGGAUCUUGAGUUUGAGUAUGCCGACACAGACAAGUGGGCGGUAGAGCUAUCAGAGUUGUACAGUUACACAGAGGCACCAGAGUUUGUUAUCAAUAGGAAAUGUUUUGAGGAAGACUUCAGAACCCACGUUUCAGAGAAGAAAUGGACGGAGCUAGAUGCUGCUCAGCACAAGGCCCACGCCAUGCGGCUCCUGGACGGUCUGGAGGUGAUCGCUCGGGAGAAGCGUCUGAAGGUGGCCAGAGCCAUCCUCUACAUGGCCCAGGGUGCAUUUGCUGAGUGCAGCUCCGAGGCAGAGGUGCAGCACUGGAUGAGGUACAACAUCUUCCUGCUGCUGGAGGUGGGGACCUUCUCUGCCCUGGUGGAGCUGCUCAACAUGGAGAUUGACAACAGCGCUGCCUGUAGCAGUGCAGUGAGGAAGCCAGCGAUCUCCCUGGCAGACAGCACAGACCUCAGGGUGCUGCUCAACAUCAUGUACCUGAUGGUGGAGACCAUUCAGCAGGACGACCCAGCUGAUCCACCUGAAUGGAGAGCCACCAGGGAGACCUUCAAAACAGAGCUGGGCUCUCCCCUGUACAACAACGAGCCCAUCUCCGUCAUGCUGUUCGGCAUGGUAACCAAGUUCUGCAGCGGCCACGCCCCUCACUUCCCCAUGAAGAAGGUGCUGCUGCUGCUCUGGAAGAGCAUACUGUUCACCCUGGGAGGCUUUGAGCAGCUCCAGAACAUCAAGGUGCACAAGCGCCUGGAGCUCAGCCUGCCUCCCCUCCCGGAGGACAGCAUCCGGGUCAUCAGGAGCAUGAGGGCGGCCUCGCCCCCGGCCUCCGCCUCCGACCUCCUGGAGCAGCAGCAGAAACGGACGCGACGGGAACACAAAUCUCUGAUCAAGCAGGACAACCUGGACGCCUUCAACGAGAAGGACCCGUACAAGAGUGACGACCCUCGCGAGGACGAGGACGACAAUGAUGACAACGACAACUCUUUAGAGGCGGAGCCUUUUCCCCUGGAGAGGGAUGAGGUCAUGCCCCCACCCAUUCCUCACCCCCCCACAGAGAGGGUGUCCUUCCCCAAGGGUCUGCCCUGGGCCCCCAAAGUCAGGGAAAAAGACAUUGAAAAUUUCCUGGAAUCAAGUAGAAGCAAAUUCAUCGGUUACACACUUGGAAAUGACACAGACACGGUUGUGGGCCUGCCCAGACCUAUCCAUGAAAGCAUCAGGACCUUGAAGCAGCAUAAGUACAUCUCCAUCGCCGAAAUUCAGAUCUCCAAGGAGGAGGAGUUCCAGAAGACGCCUCUGUCCGGGGGGGAAGAGGAUGUGGAUAUGUGCUCUACUGAGCUACUUUAUCAGGGCAUUUUGCCCAGCCUCCCUCAGUACAUGAUUGCCCUGCUGAAGAUCCUGCUGGCUGCAGCUCCCACCUCCAAGGCCAAGACUGACUCCAUCAACAUCUUGGCCGACGUGCUGCCCGAGGAGAUGCCGACCACAGUGUUGCAGAGCAUGAAGCUGGGCGUGGACGUCAACCGCCACAAGGAGAUCAUUGUGAAGGCCAUCUCCGCUAUCCUGCUGCUGCUCCUCAAACACUUCAAACUCAACCACAUCUACCAGUUCGAGUACAUGGCCCAGCACCUGGUGUUUGCCAACUGCAUUCCUCUCAUCCUCAAGUUCUUCAACCAGAACAUCAUGUCCUACAUCACUGCCAAGAACAGCAUCUCUGUGCUGGACUUCCCUCACUGUGUGGUGCACGAGCUGCCCGAGCUGACCGCUGAGAGUCUGGAAGCUGGAGACAAUAACCAGUUCUGCUGGAGGAACCUGUUCUCCUGUAUCAACCUACUGAGGAUCCUCAACAAGCUGACCAAGUGGAAGCACUCUAGAACCAUGAUGCUGGUGGUGUUCAAGUCUGCUCCCAUCCUGAAGAGGGCGCUGAAGGUCAAGCAGGCCAUGAUGCAGCUGUACGUCCUCAAGCUGCUCAAAGUCCAGACCAAGUACCUGGGGCGCCAGUGGAGGAAGAGCAACAUGAAGACCAUGUCGGCGAUCUACCAGAAGGUCCGCCAUCGCCUCAACGACGACUGGGCCUACGGAAACGCAGACCUGGACGCACGGCCGUGGGACUUUCAGGCCGAGGAGUGUGCGCUGCGGGCCAACAUCGAGCGCUUCAACAGCCGGCGCUACGAUAAGAACCAGAGCAACCCCGACUUCCUGCCUGUGGACAACUGCCUGCAAAGCGUUCUGGGGCAGCGCGUAGACCUGCCGGAGGACUUCCAGAUGAACUAUGACCUCUGGCUGGAGAGGGAGGUGUUCUCCAAACCCAUCUCCUGGGAGGAGCUACUGCAGUGAGAGAGAGGAGAGAGAUAAGAGGAUGAGAGAGGAGGAGGA